AUGCCUUCAGAAUUGCACGGCAUCAAGGCCGCCGACAUCCAUGCCAAGAUCCGGCUUUUGAUCGAUGGCAUGGUCAACAUCAAGGACACGACCGGAGAAUUCCUACUCAAACUCGAGGACGGCCGCGUAAUCGACACCAAGGGCUGGAACGACUGGGAGUGGACGCACGGCAUCGGUCUGUACGGUAUCUGGCAGUACUACCAGCUCACCGGAGAUGAGUCGUGUCUCAAGAUCAUCGAGGACUGGUUCCGCGACCGGUUCGCCGCCGGCGGCACCACGAAAAACAUCAACACCAUGUCCGUCUUCCUGACUCUGGCCUUUGUAUACGAAAAGACGCGCAACCCCAUCUACCUCCCCUGGCUGGAGGCGUGGGCAGAGUGGGCGUACCACGACCUGGGCCGCACGCGCUUCGGCGGCAUGCAGCACACCACAUACAACAACAUGAACGACGAGCAGCUGUGGGACGACACGCUGAUGAUGACGGUGGUGCCGCUGGCCAAGAUCGGUCUGGUGCUCGACAGGCCGCACUACGUCGCCGAGGCCAAGCGCCAGUUCCUCAUCCACCUCAAGUACCUCUUCGACACGCGGACGGGCCUCUUCUUCCACGGCUGGACCUUUGAGGACGGCGGACACAACUUUGCCCGCGCGCUGUGGGCGAGGGGCAACAGCUGGCUGACCAUCGUGAUCCCCGAGUUCAUCGAGCUGCUGGACCUGGAGCGCACCGACCCGCCGCUCUAUCACCACCUCCGCGACUCCCUCCUGGCGCAGUGCGAGGCCCUCGUGCCGCUGCAGCACCCCGAGACCGGCCUGUGGAGGACGCUGCUGGACGUGCCCGAGGCCGAGGGUUCAUAUCCCGAGUCGAGCGCGACGGCGGGCUUUGCGUUUGGCAUGCUCAAGGCGCAGCGGAAAAAGUACAUUGCGGGCACGGCGUUUGAGGCCCCUGCCGUGUUGGCGUUGAAGGGUGUGCUGGCCAACAUUGACGAGAGGGGUGAGCUGAUGAACACGUCGUUUGGCACGGCCAUGGGCCAUGACUUGCAGCAUUACAAGGACAUACCGAUCACGAGCAUGCCAUACGGUCAGGCGAUGGCUAUCAUGGCAUAUAAGUAG